AUGGGUGAAGUCUUGAAGAAAGUAGAUAUGGAGAAAAUCCAGGAUGAUUUGGAUAAUGAGCUCGAAGUGGCAGGGAAUAGUUUUUUAAAUGACAACAAGGCAAUGUACGAUGGAGUUCUUGCCAGUGCUGGACUCGAAAACACAAGUUUCGGAGGAAGGAAAAUGAUGUUCGAAAGUCUUAUGAGGAAAGAGAUGAUCAAACAAGGCUUAAAUGAAGCAGAAAAAGAGAAUUCAGGUGCAGUUCAUUUUGUAGAGAAUUGUGACCCUAACUAUAGAGAGAAGGGAGCUUUGCAUGUAAAAUGUAGAAUGAGUAGUAGGAAGCCUCUUCCUAUGAAGAAAAAUAUGGUUCGUUUUACGGCAUUCAACGCUGAUUAUAAUGUGCCGAAAUCACAUCCACCAAGAAAUAAUUGA